AUGAGAAAUCGGUUAUCGAAGAGCUCCCUGUUGAAGCUAUUAAUAAUCGUCCCGUUGACACUGGACAACAUCGUCCUAUCGAUGGCGAAUCCCGACGGUCACCAUCAUCAUCGUCGGACGGCCCGGAAGAUUCAUUUGCCGCGCGCGAUAGAUGCGUCCCGGAAGUUCGUCUGCAGAGAACCACAGACACGGGCGUACAAUCUGAGGGACCUGAUGCAAAACGUACAGCAGAAUCCCGGGGAGAGCGCGAUUCAGCCUGUCUACAUAAUAUUGAAACGUUGCGACGGACACUCGGGAUGCUGCAUGAGUCCGGACAAGAGUUGUUCGCCGGUCGACACGUCGAUCUAUUACGAGGAGAUGGAGAUCGAGAUCUGGAGCCUGGAAACAAACGGGACCAGAAGACAGUGGAUCAAGGUAGAGCAACACGGGAAAUGUGCGUGUGAAGUUAACACGAGCGACGAUCGGAAUCUGCUGGACUAUCAACAGCCUAACGUGACUCUUAUUUGA